AUGAGCUCCGAGGAAUGCACUGUUGUGGACGGGGGCGUGUGCGUGCGCUACGCGUGCAAAUGUGGGCACUUAGCGCCCAUGUGUUCACUGUUCUUCAGCGAGACUUGUGAGAAACUGGUGUGUCGCUUGCCUCGAUGCAGCGUGGAAGAGUUCGAGUCGUACUAUUGCGGGAAUCUGUUGGUAAAUCUGCCGUCAAAGGAAGCGUCCAUGUACCAGAACCGCUCGAGUCGCUGCUUCAGCUGCCCUACGUGCGAAACGGUGCUCUCCACAGUCAUGCACGAGCAGCGGUACUUUUUCCUAUGCGCUCACUGCCGCUGGGACUCGCUGGAUUUGGGGCUGGUGGACGACGACCAGGACGCGCUGAUCAUGACGGCCAUCACACGCGAGCGCCAAGCGGCUCACGAGGACGUCUUCCAGGCAUUGCACUCGCACUACGCAACGCUGACAAGCUCCUCGGCCAAUGGAGGCGCCACUCCGGCGCUUUCAUCGAGUUCUGGGGCAUCAUUCGGUCGCAGCAGCUCUCUCCAGUUGCUUGCGGACUCGAUGAAGGAACUACAGCGUGAGCACCAAAUGAAGAAGUUCAGAUUACAGAGAAUGGCGGAGAUGGGAGGAUGGAAGUACGAUCAGGCGCUUGCUAAGGUGCAGGAGAAGGAACAAUGGCUGCUCCAGCAAAGGCGUGAGCACCAGUGGCCUGAGCUGACGAAGCAGCUUGCGGCGUUGCAGACCCAAGGGACGUCGUGGGGUCAAGACACGCCAGAGAAGACUCGCGAGAUGCUGGGAAAACUAUCGCAGAAACGCGAUAUGGGGAAGGUGUCGACGCUGCAUCAGCGACUACUGAAUUCGUUGGAUCAGUCGCGUGAUGUGGAGAAGCUCUUUCCGUCUCGACCACUGCUGCGCGUGAAGCGGACGUGGCGGUGUGUUGAGUCGAUUGAACGAGGCACCGCUGGUAUCCUCGUCAAGCCACAGAUCAGCCCUAUGAGUGGCGAUAGCUCGCUGCCCGUGUCAGCGUCUUGGUUCAAAAAGGCGAACCUAGCCGCGCAGUACGUGCCUGUCAUCACGUUCCAGCGACUGCCGUACCGUGUCGACGGUACUGGUAGUGUUGAAUGCGUUCUACUCGUUGAGAACCCACUGGAUGAUGCCAUUCGCAUUACUUUCCGGGUUGCUCCUACGACAUCAGAAGUUGACAAAAAUACCCUCGAGAACGGACAGGUCGUACUGCAAGAUUCGACUCCGAUCAUCGUUGGACCGUACGAGGAUCCGAAUCUCGCAGAUGCUUUCAUCGACGAUGAGCCGCCCUUCGGUCUUAAUGGUGACGAACACAACGCGAUGCUGAUUCAAGCUACAAGAAAUUUAAUCAAGAUCAAGCUACCUCUGGUCAGUGAUCCAGCUACGCCAAUCUCGACGAUUUCAGCACGAUUCGUCAUGGACACGGAAAAGUUUGAUGAAGAUGCGAAUGAGGUUAUCGAGAAUACGCUGCUAAGUGUUCCUGUCGUGAUCACCGCUCCAAUCCCGCAAUAA